AUGAGAUUAAUCCCCACCGUUCUAGAUUCACAUCCCUCGUCUACGCCACCAAGCCGGUCAAUUUCUCAAUCGCUCACUAUGUCCGAUCGGAGUGAAUACCUCUCUGAUUCCAUGUCUGGCCAGGACAACGGGCUGAGGCCGCUGUCCAAUGCGGAUGACUUGUCUCUCGGGAACCCCCACAACAGCGACCUGUCUCGUAUCAUGAGUCGUGCUGGCAUUCAACUAGCCAAUGGGUUUCCGAUUGAUGAUGACGAGGACGAGGACGAGGACGAGGUGGAUGAGGACUAUACUGCGGCUGAUCAGGAUGACGAUGCAAACGAUUUCCCAUACUGGUUCCGCCGCCCACCCUCCCACAACCGCACAAAGCUGGAUGAGCUGCAUCCUUUCGUCCAAUUGCUCUCCGCAUCUAAUGUGGAAGAUUGCGUGAAAGUAGAGGAAGCCUUCCCCGAGCAGGAGCGUUGCUCUCACGAUAAGUUCAUUUACCGUCUCACCAGAUGCCCUGAGCUCAGUCUGGGCCUCUUCACUCUUCCUUUGCUCGCAGAAGGAGAAAUCAAACCCCGCCCCACGCUCGUUGGACACAUCAUUGCUACUCGCACUUCAGAGCCCCUUGUGACAGACCGGUCGAUGCGACUUCCGGCCAACUGGAAAAACGAGCGUUGGUCUGUUGAAGAUGGACAGUCCGUUGGUCACGAAGAAGGUGGCAGCACUAUUGCCAUUCAUUCGCUUGCUGUGGACCCAGCGCACCAGGGCAAGCAGGUCGGAAGCACGUUGAUGAAGUCAUAUAUCCACCGCAUUAGAGAGGCCCAGAUUGCUGAGCGCAUUGCGAUUAUUGUACAUGAUCACUUGAUCCCCUUUUAUGAGUCAUUUGGCUUCGAGUCCCGUGGCCCUAGCAAGUGCCAAUUCGGUGGUGGUGGCUGGGUUGAUAUGAUCCUGGAGUUUGGUCCCGAGCCUCUUGAGGAGUAA